AUGAGUAAGCUGCAGAGCGAUGUUCUGCGCGAGGCGAUCACGAACCUGCUGACGGCUUCGAAGGAGAAGAACCGCAAGUUCUCGGAGACGAUCGAGCUGCAGAUCGGGCUCAAGAACUACGACCCCCAGAAGGACAAGCGUUUCAGCGGGUCCAUCAAGCUGCCGCACGUGCCGCGCCCCAAGUACCGCGUGUGCAUGCUCGGAGAUGCCCAGCACGUCGAGGAGGCGGAGAAGAUCAGUCUGGACUGCAUGGGCGUGGAGGCGCUGAAGAAGAUGAACAAGAACAAGAAGCUCGUCAAGAAGCUCGCCAAGAAGUACCACGCGUUCCUGGCGUCCGAGGCCAUUAUCAAGCAGAUCCCCAGGCUGCUCGGGCCCGGGCUGAACAAGGCCGGCAAGUUCCCCACGCUCUGCACUCACCACGAGCCCCUCGAGAGCAAGCUGCUGGAGGCCAAGUCGACGAUCAAGUUCCAGCUGAAGAAGGUGCUGUGCAUGGGCAUUGCGGUGGGCAACUGCGACAUGGAGGAGAAGCAGAUCUUCCAGAACGUGCAGCUCUCCGUCAACUUCCUCGUCUCGCUGCUCAAGAAGAACUGGCAGAACGUACAACGUGCAGCUCUCUGUCAACUUCCUCGUCUCGCUGCUCAGGUGCUCUCAGUGUCCGUUUUUUCGGGCUGUCUCCUCCCCGUCUCACUCCUUCCCUCCCCUCCGUCUCUCUCCAUCUCUUCUUCCCUUGCGCGCCCGCACAGCCCACCUCCCUUUCCUCUCUUCAAUCCCGUCUUUCUUCCAUCCCCCUUUCCUCCCCGCCUUUCGCCCUUCUUUGCCUCAUCCCUCUACCAUUCCUUCUCCCCACCAUCUCUCCCCCUGCUCCCCAUUCCCAUAUUGGUCGGUUUCACUUCUCCACCCGCCUCUCAAGGUGCUCUGUUGUCGCAUCCUUUCCAUCCUAUCACCGCUGCACCCUGA